UACACGGAGAAGCUGCGCGAGAGAGCGCCGCAGUCGUUACGUCACAGUGGACACGUAACGGGACGGUGGACAGACGCACCGGGUGAGCUGAGGCAGAGCGGAGCCAGCAGGAGCACUCUCACCGGACAACGGACACUUUCUGCACCGAGAAGGCCAGAAACUAUUGAUUCUUGAAUAGUGUUGACAAAGAAGACCAAGUACAAAAUGGUGUUCAGAGGCACAAUAACAGAUGCUCCGGACUUUGAUCCCAGCGCUGAUGCUGAGACCCUUUACAAUGCAAUGAAAGGCAUCGGUAGUGAUAAAGAGGCCAUAUUGGAUCUGGUCACCUCAAGAAGCAAUGCACAGAGGCAGGAAGUCAUUGCAGCUUAUAAAAGUUGCUUUGGAAAGGACUUGAUUGAUGACCUGAAGUAUGAGCUAACGGGUAAAUUUGAGCGUCUCAUCGUCAGUCUGAUGAGAACUCCGGGCUACCAUGAUGCCAAAGAAAUCCACGAUGCAGUCAAAGGCAUUGGAACGGACGAGCGAUGCCUCAUCGAAAUCCUGGCAUCUAGAAACAACAAACAGAUUCAUGAGAUGGUUGCAGCAUACAAAGAUGCCUAUGGCAGAGACAUAGAGGAGGAUGUAAUCGCGGACACUUCAGGUCACUUUAAGAAGAUGCUGGUUGUUUUACUUCAGGGGACCAGAGAUGAGUCAGGAGUGGUGGACGCAGACCUGGUGGAGCAGGAUGCACAAGACUUGUAUGCAGCUGGAGAAGAACAGUGGGGGACAGACGAGGCCAAAUUCAUCAUGAUCCUGGGAAACCGUAGCGUGACCCACCUCCGUAUGGUUUUUGAUGCAUACGAGAAGAUUGCAGAGCUGUCCAUAGAGGACAGCAUAAAGAACGAGCUGUCUGGGGACUUUGAGAGGCUGAUGCUGGCUGUUGUCCAGUGCAUAAGGAGUGUCCCCAUGUUCUUUGCCAAGCGUCUUUACAAGUCAAUGAAGGGUCUGGGCACAGCCGACAACACCCUGAUCAGAAUCAUGAUUUCUCGCUCUGAAAUAGACAUGUUGGACAUUCGAGAGUGUUUCCGUUUAAGAUAUGAGAAGUCACUUUAUAACAUGAUUAAGGAUGACACAUCAGGAGAUUACAAGAGGACUCUGCUCAACUUGUGUGGAGGAGAUGAUGACUUAGCUGGAGAGUUCUUCCCUGAAGCUGCUCAGAUAGCCUACAAGAUGUGGGAAAUAAGUGCCAUGACCAAAGUCCAGCUGAGACCGACAGUCCGCCCUGCAUCCGCUUUUGACCCUGCUGCUGAUGCACAAGCACUGAGGAAAGCUAUGAAAGGAUUCGGAACAGAUGAAGAUGCGAUCAUUGAUAUUGUUGCACGGAGAAGCAAUCCUCAGAGACAAGAGAUCAGGCAGACCUUCAAAUCCCUCCUGGGAAGGGACCUGAUGAAGGACCUGAAGUCUGAACUGUCAAAGAACCUAGAAAGGCUGAUCAUUGGGCUCAUGCUGACACCUGCAGAGUUUGAUGCCAAAAUGAUGAGGAAGGCAAUGGAGGGCGCUGGUACAGAUGAACAUGCUCUGAUCGAGAUACUGGUCACCAGGAACAAUGAGGAAAUUCAUGCUAUGAACGCUGCUUAUCAGGCUGCCUACAAGAAGUCUCUAGAGGAAGCUAUUCAGUCUGACACAUCAGGCCACUUCUGCCGCAUCCUUGUUUCUCUCGUGCAGGGUGCAAGAGAGGAGGGCCCUGCAGAUCUGGAAAGAGCUAAUGCAGAUGCUCAGGAACUUGCAGAUGCAUGCAAUGCAGAGUCUGACGACAUGGAGAUGAAGUUCAUGAGUAUUCUGUGCACCAGGAGCUUUCCCCAUCUGAGGAAAGUAUUCCAGGAGUUUGUCAAAUGCACCAACAAGGACAUUGAACAGAUUAUCAAGAAGGAGAUGUCAGGAGAUGUGAAAAACGCCUUUUAUGCAAUAGUUCGAAGUGUAAAAAACCAGCCCUCUUAUUUUGCAGACCGCUUGUACAAAGCCAUGAAGGGCCUUGGUACAGAUGACAGAGCGCUCAUCCGCAUCAUGGUGUCCCGUUCUGAGAUCGACCUUUUCAACAUUCGUAAAGAGUUCAAAGAAACACAUGAUGUCUCCCUUCAUGAAUUCAUCCAGGUAGAAACAAUGAUUGGUGACACAUCAGGAGACUACCGUAAAACCCUGCUGGUGCUCUGUGGAGGGGAAGAUUAAACUUAAACUCACAUCUCUGCGGCUCCCAUCACAGACAUUGAAGAAAAAUCACGAGACAAGACACACAGUGAAACUGUGGUAGUUUAAGUCAGUAUCUGUUGUCACUUCUGCCUCUCCUCAGCCAAACCAAGUGACCUUUGACCUCCCGCAAGUCCAAGCCAGUUUUCUUGCUCUCAUGUCUGAUCGUUCCUGUCCUUCAAAAUGUUCUUUUUUAUUUACAGUCAUAGGUAACAGAAAGAUGUUCAAAUUAAUGUGGAAUAAUGCUUCACAUGUACUGCGUUUUGGAAUUAACAAGUGGAAUAGUGCCUUCAGUGCCAUCCGAUGAUUACUGUGACUUUAAGUUGUCAUACCUGAAUAAAAUUAUUAAAAACACAAA